AUGAAUAUAAUUAAGGUUGGUCUUAAGUUUAGUUCAAUUAAAUAUCCUUCGCUUGAUAUUCAUAAUUAUUAAUUGUAUAAGUAUCAUUCUGAUUAUGGAAAUUUGCUAAAGGGUUUAAAGAUAGGUACAUCCUUAUUACCCAAUCAAUAUGAAAUUGUUCCAUCUAAACUUAAAGGAUUUCUAAUAGAAUAAUUAAAACAGGAUCAAUAAAUGUUAAAAAAGCCAAAAGAAGUGUUAUUUGUUGGAAGAUCAAAUGUUGGAAAAUCAAGUCUGAUUAAUGCAAUAUUAGGAUAAAAAGUAGCUGAAACAUCAAGCAAAACUGGCAGCACUUUAAGAUUAUAAUUUCACAAUAUUCAAACUAUUAAUGGUUUUGUAGUGGAUAGUCCUGGAUAUGGUUAUUCUUAAAUAAAUGUAGAUGCAUAGAAAUACAUGUAAGGAAUGAUGUACACCUAUACUAAAUUAUCAUCGAGACUGGCUAGAAUCUAUGUGCUUAUUGAUAUUGAACAUGGUAUUAAAGACAAAGAUAAAGUCAUGCUAAAUAUGUUAUAAGAGUAAAAUGUUAACAUAUAAAUCGUGUUAACCAAAUGUGAUAAAAUUAAAGAGAGAAUGCUUUAUGAUAGAUAAUUGUAUUUAGCUAGGGAAAUUAAAUAAUUCAAAAAUAUUCAUCCUAUCAUCCAUACUGUAAGUACAAAAGAUAAUUUUGGAAUUAAUGACAUUCAAUACUCUCUAAUUGAUUCAUUUUUGGUUCAUCAAAGCAGGCAGUUGUUCAAUAUGGAAGAUCGAUUAAUCAAACUUAUCUAAGCCAGAAAUAGACCAUAAAAGCUAGACUUAAAUAAGUUAACUAAGCAAUUCAAAAAAGGUUUACAGUUACCUACAAAUUAAAAUGGUCUAGUGCACAGUAAAAAGCCCAAACACUAACUCUCUUGAAUUGAUUGAAGUAUUCUAAUGUAUAAAUAUCACUUUGUUCUCAUUUAUUUUCUUAAA